AUGGCUUCCCAAAUAUCAGUUUGCGUUACUCCCAUGCUUCAAUCUUCUGGUGUCAAACAUUCUGCCAACUCCAACUAUCCCUUCAACUUCACCCUUCAAUCAUCUCUUCAUUCCUUGAGAGGUACACGUCCCGUCAGAAUUGUCAAAGCAACACACGAUAAGAAUUCUGAUAGAUCUCAGCCAAUCGAUUCACAAGCUUCACAAGACACUGUGCUUUCCAAUGAGAUUCUGAAGAAGGAUGCAUAUGCUGAAUCUUUUCAUCAGAUUAUGGUGACCACCAAGAUUAGAAUGCAAAUAAAUGAAGUGAAAAAGAUGUUGAGGUCCAUGGAAGAUGGAGAGAUAAACAUAUCAGCUUAUGACACUGCUUGGGUGGCUCUAGUGAAAAAUGUUGAUGAUGAAAAUAAGCCACAAUUCCCAUCUUCUCUUCAAUGGAUUGUGGAGAAUCAACUUCCUGAUGGUUCAUGGGGAGAUGAACUAUUUGUGGCACAUGACAGGAUUCUCAACACCUUGGCUUGUGUCAUUGCAUUGAAAUCAUGGAAUGUGCACCCUGACAUGUGUGAGAAAGGAAUGAAAUUUUUUAUGGAAAAUCUAAACAAGAUUCAAGAUGAGAAUGUUGAGUACAUGCCUAUUGGGUUUGAAGUUGUUUUUCCUUCUCUUCUCAACAUAGCUAAACGUUUGAAUAUUGAAGUGCCAGAAGAUUCCUCAAUCUUGAAAGAAAUAUUUAUAAUGAGAGACCAAAAACUCAAAAAGAUUCCAAGAGAAGUGUUGCACAAGGUACCUACAAUAUUGCUUCAUAGUUUGGAAGGAAUGCAAGAUUUGGAUUGGAACCAACUUCUACAGCUUCAGUCCCAAGAUGGGUCAUUCUUGUUCUCUCCAUCCUCCACAGCUUUUGCUAUUAUGCAAACUGGCGACAAAGAUGCUCUCGACUACCUGCAAAAAAUUGUCGAGAAGUUCAAUGGAGGAGUUCCAAAUGUCUUCCCGGUUGAUUUGUUUGAGCAUAUAUGGGUUGUGGAUCGGCUAGAACGCCUCGGAGUUUCAAGAUAUUUUAAGCAAGAGAUCAUGGACUCGGUGAACUAUUUGGCAAGAUACUGGACAGAGAAAGGAAUUUGUUGGGCAAGAAAUUCAGAAGUUCAAGAUAUUGAUGACACAGCAAUGGGAUUUAGACUUUUAAGGUUGCAUGGCCAUCAAGUUUCACCCAACGUGUUCAAGCAUUUUGAGAAAAAUGGUGAAUUCUUUUGUUUUGCGGGACAGUUGAACCAAGCGGUGACAGGCAUGUUCAAUCUAUAUAGAGCUUCACAAGUGAUGUUUCAAGGAGAGGAGAUUCUUGAGAAUGCCAGAAACUUUUCUGCCAGAUAUCUAUCUAAGAAACGCUUUCUUAAUCAGCUUCUUGAUAAAUGGAUCAUAACUAAAGAUUUACCUGGCGAGGUUGGUUAUGCUCUGGAUGUGCCGUGGUAUGCUAGCUUACCCCGAUUAGAGGCAAGAUUUUACCUCGAGCAGUAUGGUGGAAAAAAUGAUGUUUGGAUUGGCAAGACCCUUUAUAGGAUGCCGCUCGUGAAUAAUGAUGUUUAUCUGAAGCUUGCAAAACUGGAUUACAACAAUUGUCAAGCGAUACAUAAGAAAGAAUGGGAAGAAAUCCAGAGGUGGUACUUGGAAUCAGAUCUAGAAGGAUUUGGAUUGAGCAAAAAGAAUCUUCUGUACGCUUAUUUUAUAGCAGCAGCCAACAUAUUUGAGCCUGAGAAGUCUUUAGAGAGACUUGCAUGGGCUAAAACAACAACUUUGCUUCGAAUACUGAAGUCGUAUUCUAAUGGCGUAAAAGAAUUUGGCGAUCAGUUAAAUGAGUUCAUUAAAGGAGGAAACAACUCAAACAAGUGGUCAAAGAACGAGAGAGAUGAAAAACUCCUGGGAGUUUUUCUAAGUACCCUUAAUCUCAUUGGCUUUCAAAUGUUUAGGCGCCAUGACCAAGAAAAUUCACAUUAUUUGAAUCGAAUGUGGCAAAGUUGGUUCUCAAGUUGGGCUAGUAAAGGACUCAGAUCCCCAGGAGAUGCAGAAUUACUAGUGCAAAUCAUAAAUUUAACCUCUGGGAAUUGGUCAGAAGAUCUAGAUCUUGAUCCCCAGUAUCAGAAAUUGCUUGAAGCCACUAAGAGAGUUUGUCUAAGCAUCCAUAAUUACGAAUGCAACUGGGUACAAGUUGGCAGCGAUUGCAAAAAAGUAGAGUCAGAGAUGCAAGAACUAGUGCAAUUGGUGCUUCAAAGUUCUCAAAAUGAUUUGCACUCCAGUAUCAAGAAUUCAUUCCUCAUGGUGGCCAAGAGUUUUUACUAUGCAGCGUAUUGUGACCCAGUGAUCAUUUCCUAUCAUAUUGAUAAAGUUCUUUUUCAAAAAGUGAUUUAA